GAAAUUCCAGUGAUUCAGAAGAAGAAGACCGGAGUACCAGCAGCAUAGAAAACCAGGCCAUCCCAAACAGGGUGCCAGAUUCCAAAUUGCAUCCACCGCACAUCAAAAUAGAUAUCAUCAGGAGAGUGCAAGCCAAAAAUACGCAGCGCUAUAAAGUGGAAUAUGAUUCACAGAGUACGGAUACACUGAAUUUCUCUUCUGAAUCCAAACAAGAGACUGAAUACGGUCCCUGUCGUAGAGAAAUGGAAGACACUUUAAACCACCUAAAGAUCCUGAAUGUCUUGAGUCCCAGGGGCUUUCAUAUUCCAAACUGUGACAAGAAGGGGUUCUACAAGAAAAAGCAGUGUCGCCCAUCCAAAGGCCGAAAGAGAGGUUACUGCUGGUGCGUGGAUAAAUACGGACAGCCGCUUCCCGGUUACGACGGGAAGGGAAAAGGAGAUGUCCACUGCUAUAACUUGGAAAGCAAAUGAGGGCUG